GGACGAAUCGAGCGUCACCGCCACCACCACCACCACCACCGCCGCUGCCUUCGCCUUCACAUCAUCGGGACCAGCCAUCUCUGCCGCCUCCGUCGCAUCGCCCCCCCCCACCCCGCUCUGAUGGCGACUCCCGAGGAUUCUCAGGAGCAUGAUUCGACCAGCGAGGGCAUGGAUGAUAGCAACCAUGAUCCCCAGUUUGAGCCCAUUGUCUCUCUGCCUGAGCAGGAGAUUAAGACCCUGGAGGAAGAUGAAGAAGAGCUCUUUAAGAUGCGAGCAAAGCUGUUCCGAUUUGCAUCUGAGAAUGACCUUCCAGAGUGGAAAGAGCGAGGGACAGGUGAUGUGAAGCUACUGAAACACAAGGAGAAAGGGACGAUUCGCCUCCUCAUGAGGCGGGACAAGACUCUGAAGAUCUGUGCGAAUCACUAUAUAACCCCCCUGAUGGAGCUGAAGCCCAAUGCAGGCAGUGACAGGGCUUGGGUUUGGAACACACAUGCUGACUUUGCCGAUGAAAGUCCAAAGCCAGAGCUGCUGGCCAUCCGAUUCCUGAAUGCAGAAAAUGCCCAGAAGUUUAAGGCAAAAUUCGAAGAAUGCAAGAAGGAGCUAAAAAACCAAGAAAAUAAAGUAAAAAAUGAAGAACCAAAAAUAGAACCAAAAGAAGAAUCUGUAGAACCGAAAGAAGAACCAAAAGAAGAAUCGAAAGAAGAGAAAGGUAAAGCUCCCUCAGCCGUUUCUUGUCGUUCCCUGCAGACUCACUCUGUACUUGACUGCCUUCCUCAGUCUUGCUGCUUUUCCAGUCUGCUAGAGAAGCGCCCCACGGUGUUGCAAACCCCUUUCUCUAGUGAAAGGCCUCUGCAACUGCCUGGGAAACACCCACCCCAGAGCUGGGCAAGUCUCUCCCUGGCAGAUUCCAGAGGCUUGGGCCAUUGCUGUCUAGUUAAGAGGUUGGCCACCUCUCUCUUCCUGUGCAGUUCAAUCAAAAAACCCAAUUAUGGACCCGCAUGGAAUGGCAAUGGUUUUAGAGUUGACUGGGUUGGCUUCUUUGGAACUGGGGAUUUUUGUGGGACUGACCAAAGUAUUAGUUGGCUGAAAUCUCGGAUGGCUUAGUAAUAACUCCACUUACUUCCUGUUGGCAUGAAGGAGUUGAAAAGAAAAAUGGUGGCAAGCUAUAGAAAUUGACAAAACUUGAAUGAUUUCCCUCCAAAUUGAGCAUUUCAAAUGGCAACGGUUACCAUUUGGAGAAAGUUUAAAAUAUUAACAUGGGGAAUCGAAUGGGCCUUGGGGCUAGCUGGUGUGAGGAAGGAAGCUGAAACUCCUGGCCCAUUUGGUUCCUGGUGAUCCUGGGCAAUCAUUUGGUCUUACAUAGCCCAGAGUAGUUUGGCUUCCUACGGAGGCUCUUGGGGGUGAGGGAAAUCCUUUAGACCCUUCCCAGUUUUCAGUCAUGUCAAGUCCUAGAGUGGGGGUGGGGUUGAGUCCAGCUUGUUGAGGCAAGGGUUCUGCACUGUCACUUGUGUCCAGCUGCUCAUCCUUGUGGACCCAGCUGCUGCUGACUCCUCUGGUUGGUGUGUUUUAGCAGGAAUAGUCAAAGAGAGAAGUUCUGACCAAAUGGCUGAGAAGUUAGAGGCACUCUCAGUGAAGGAUGGUGACCCAGAGUCUAACCAAGAGAUCCAGGUGCAGGAGGCGGCGCUUGAGACCCAGGAGGCCCAAGAGAGCCAGGAGGACCAAGAGGAACAGGAGCCCGAGGCCCAGGAUAAGGACACUGAGCUGCAAUAAGUCAUCUCACCAUGGGCCUCACAUUCUUUCCUAAUUUUUUCCUUUUAUUUUCUUUAUUUUUGUUCAUUUUUGGUUUUGUUUUGUUUUUUUUUUUACAAGGGACUUUAUAUAAAGAACUGAAUUCUAGCCUCCAGGUUGUUUUCUAAGCUUUUACCCUUUUGAAGAUGUCUUCUUCUUCAGCAGACCCAUUCCCCAGUCCAAUGUACUGCGCUCAUGCCAUUCUUUUCCAUAGUGGAAACACUUAUUUAUAGUCCAUCCAAAAGAGUGAAUAAAACAUUUCAAAGCUGCAUCUGAGGACAGGACUGAGUUGUAUAUGUUUACUUCCACACACUGAUGGCUAAAGUAACUCCUGGCACUGGUUGUUGUCAGGUGCCUUGGCUGUGUUGGUGACUCGGGCGGGCUGGGGGAGGUGUUUCUGCUGGACUGCCUCAUUGAGGUGGAUGGAGUCUUUGGCAAGCUUUGGAUGGGAAUGCCUUCGCUUCUGUGUGUGUUCACGCUUCCCCCAAAGGUAGCUGCUUCGUUUGUGAUGGAACCAGCUGGCUGAGCAUGGCGGCGGCAUUACUUCCUGGUGGCACGGUUGGCAUCGCUUAAGUUGUUGAGUGUCUUCCUGUGGGCUUUCCUCCCUGGGAAGGUUGGCAUCGCUUAAGUUGUUGAGUGUCUUCCUGCGGGCUUUCCUCCCUGGGAAGCCCGCGUCGGAGUAGGAUGCUGUGUCCUACGUGGAGCACAGAGACCUUAGUAUGGUGGCCCUCCUUUGGGGCUUUGGCCAACCUGAGAUUUAAAGUGAAGUUGGUAGAGGAAGCUCUUGUGUGGGCUCCCCUGGGUGCAUGGGCAGAACCGUGGUGGUCCAGCUUGGUCUUGGCUCUCCUGGCAGAAGGCGCAUUCUCGUCCUGGGAUGUUGGGGGCAGGGGGAGCCCCCAUUGAGCAUUAGGUAUGGCAGUGUGUCGUUGGCGAGUCAGAACCGGUUGAGGUGCUGUGAGCUUGGCUGGCACAGGUUUGUUGACCCUUCCCUACCCCCUCCUAGAGGUGAGAUAAGGUGAGGCCUGAAUUCCAGCAGCAUAGCUGAGCUAAAGGCCUUGGUGACGGACAGGUGCCACCGGGGAGCCCCCACUGGCCUCUGGGGGAAGGAGUGGUUUGUUUCUGAGCAGAGCUCCAGGGCCAAGAGCGCUGAGGCUUGGCUUCGCGGCUUGCCCGUCAGUGCUGCCCAGGUUGUUUGCAGGUCUGAGUGGACAAAGGCACCAUUUCCUUCUGCUGCCAGUGUGUUGGGUCCUGAGCUUUGCCUAGGGGGUGGGCGGCCUCAGGCCAUCCCCAGCACCCCCAGAAGUGAAGAAUACCUCAGCCGCCUGUGUGCCUGCCCUCAGGGAAGUCAUCAGUUGGGUGUGGCUGUGUGGUGUGUCUGUCCCUUGUGCCCCUUCCUCCUCCCUCUCCAUGCUCACCUGGCAGGCUUGUCUCUCUCUUAAGUUUUGCUUCGGGCUCUGAGUUUUAGGCUGAGAACUUUCAGCUUAGUAAGACGGAAAGGCCGGCCCUCCUGGGCAGGACGGUUUGCAGUUUGAAUGCUGAUGGUGGUGUUGUUUUCUUCAAGUGUUUUCUUCUGCCAUAAGCUUGAGAAAUGUUGACUAGCCGUGUAGCCAGUGAGGACAGAAAGCCGCCCAGGCCAGAGUUCUAGUUCCACUAUUCACUGUGAGCUUUGGAAAGCAUAGUAGCCUGUAGCGUUUCUUAGUAGUACUAGCUAAAGGACUCACUUCCGUCAGACUUCCCUUGGCUUGUUUUCCUCAUCCCCCACCAAAGGUGCUUUAUUUAAAACAAAACAAAGAAAGCAUGUCUGUCUUGCUUCCUGAAGGCCCCUUUCUUAGCCCCCCACCAGUUGACUGACUGUUUUACGUCCCAGCUGUAGAUGUUCAUGUUAUGACUCGGUGUUUUCCCUGUUCGGGUCUGUGUUCUGUCCAUUGAAAAGAGCAGCCCUUGGAUCCCCUCAGUGGAGUGCCCUUCCGAAGGAAGUGAUUGUUUUAAAGAAAGCGUAAAUGCAGACCAACCACCAGAAGAUUUCCUUCUCCAACUGCUAAGCUUUGCUUAUUCUAGGCCGUGUGCUCUCGUGGCCCAGCGUGACUGAGACCUUGCUGGGCCAGUGGCAGGAAGGAAGAGGGCCAACGAGACCCUUUGAAAAUGAGAUGUUCACGCGACCAAGAGACUUUGCACGGGAACUCGAAUGUUCGGUUCCACUCUCUGCUUUGGAGACACUGGCAACAAGAAGUUGGAAUCCAUGACUGGUCGGUUGGCUUUGAUUUCUUCCUGUGCCACCUCCACGGGCGUGCUAGUUCUCGGGGAACAGGAGGGUGUGCUUUUAAAUGCUUUCGUUGAAGCUGCCGUUUGUAAAACGGGGGGGACGUCCCCUGGAAAUGGGAAGCCAGGGAGGGGUGUGGGCUAGAAACAUACCAGGCACUCACUCUCCCCUUCCAAAAAGAGAUUCUGUCUCACUGUAAUUGUUUUGUGUUCCAAUAAAGUGCCACUUAAUGUA